GUGAUAAAACGACACCGCACACAGAUAUUUAGCUAAAAGCAUUUAUUUCCAUUAACCACUUGUUUUUAACUAAUUAUCAAUUAAUCACAACUAAUAAUAAAUUGUUUAAUUAUGAGAAAAUACAAAUUAAUCCCCAAAAUUAUAUAAAUUUACAGACCAUCCAGAAUUUCUGUAAAUCUAACACAGAAGAAGAGAGUACGAAUCAACAAAAAUAAUCUACCAAUCAAUACAUACACGAUAUACAUACAAACCAUGUAUGUAAUGGUGUACGUAUAUGCGUAGAUGCAUAUAUAUAUAUAUAUAUAUAUAUUGACAUCUCAGGAAACAACCGAAAGUCUUCCAAGUGUUAAAAACAACUUUUUUGAGGAGACUUUUCUCGAAUUAAAAAACCCCCCCUCAAACAAAAUUGAAUUUUGAUCCAUCUCAUAAUAUGUUCUAGGGUUUGUUUUUCUCCGAUUUUGAAUCGCCCCCAAACAAAAUCGAACGCCGGUUGAUUUUUUUUGUUUUCUCUUUGUUGGGAAUAAUAAUAUUAGGUGGUGGUGGAAAUGAUGAUUAAUGGUGGUUUAGAAGUGUCGGAUGAAUUGUUGGGUACGGUUGCUCCGAUUGUUGUGUACUGGUUGUAUUCGGGGAUUUAUGUGCUGUUAGGUUCACUGGAGAAUUACAGGCUGCAUACGAAGAAAGAUGAAGAUGAGAAGAAUUUGGUUUCGAAGAAAGAUGUGGUCAAAGGUGUACUCCUUCAGCAGGCUGUUCAGGCUGUUGUCGCCACCAUCCUCUUUGCUGUUACCGGAAGUGACACUGAUUCUGCACAAUCACAACAAACUUCCUUCUUCGUUCUUGCUAGGCAACUCUUGGUAGCAAUGAUGGUCCUUGACACCUGGCAAUACUUCAUGCACCGAUAUAUGCACCACAACAAGUUCUUGUACCGCCACAUCCACUCUCAGCACCACCGAUUAGUUGUACCUUACGCAUUCGGAGCAUUGUACAACCAUCCAGUGGAAGGUCUUCUUCUCGACACAAUCGGUGGAGCUUUAUCUUUCCUUAUCUCAGGCAUGUCACCUCGAGCAUCCAUUUUCUUCUUUUCCUUUGCCACCCUCAAAACAGUUGACGACCACUGUGGCUUGUGGCUGCCUGGCAAUCUUUUCCAUAUUUUCUUCGGAAAUAACUCAGCUUAUCAUGAUAUUCACCAUCAGCUGUAUGGGAAUAAGUACAACUUUUCGCAGCCCUUUUUUGUGAUGUGGGACAGGAUUCUUGGUACUUACAUGCCGUAUUCGCUUGAGAAGAGAAGUAAAGGGGGUUUUGAAGCACGGCCUGGUAAAGAUUGCAAGGAGAACUGAGUUGAAUUAACCAUUGCCUGUAACAAUUGUGUAUCAAUCACUAAAGGUUUCGGUUUUUUUUUUUCCUUUUUUCUUAUAAUCCUUUUUUGAUUGCUCGAGUACUUAUAUGAUUCGUAUAUAUAUAUGUUAUUGAUAUAUAUCUAUACUCAUGUGGCAUGGUGUAUAGUUUAGCUCUUCCCGAUAUAAGCAUUGAGGCGUCAAUGGCAGUGUAAUUUUGUCUGUGGAGGCAUAUAUGGCAGACUCUGUUUUUCCUUUUUCUUUUUUUUUUAAACAGAUUUAUGUUUCUUGAUCUUGAUUUGUGAUAUACGAUUGGUUAUUUGUUGUCUGGUUUA